AUGGAAGGCAUAUUCGCAUUGUCAUCUCUCCUUUUGCUGGGGCCCUCAAAGAGCCAAGGCCAUAAAUCGCGCCUUAUCUCGAUGCUACAAAAGAAUAUAACCCGAAUGGAUAGAGAAAGCGUCCUGCAAAACCUGAUUGCUACCAUGCUCCUAUAUCAGUGUGAGGUUUGCAAUACCGCUACACCUGGAGUGCUAUGGCGUUUCUAUCUUUGCGGAGCUAAGAAAAUUAUCUUUGCCGCUUCCGAAUCAGUCACAUUAUAUCAGCAUGACUGUGCGAUAUUAAUGGAUUGGAUCUAUUACCAUGAAGUAAUGUCAGAGUUCAGCCUACGACAUUGGGCAGAACCAAGUGCAAUUGAUGACUUUUGUAAAGGGCCUCUGGCGAUACGCCCAAACAACAUAAUAAUCGAUGGCCUUACAGUUUCUAACAGAAUUACUUGUCCCAUGGAUGUUCUUGACCUUGUUAAAAACGUUUGCAAGCGGCCAUCGACUUAUUCAAGCGACGAUAUACCAUAUGAUAACGCAGAUAUGGAGCGAAUCCAGCAACUCCGACAAAAUAUAUACGGAAUUAUAGGAGAAUAUGGAACUUUUCAUGAACACUUAGAGUCAUUGUCGAAUAGACAAGAUAUGCUGACUUGCCUUUAUCAAUACGCUGCAUUGAUAUAUCUGAACCGCUCGUUAUCAAAUAUCUCUAUAUCGUCGUUCUCACACAGGAGGCUGGUGAGGGAGGGCAUACUGCUUUUAAAAAACCUUGGUUUUUGUGAGAGUGCGUGGCCGCUGUUUAUCAUAGCCUGCGAGGCUAAUGAGGAUGAACAGCGUCUUCAGAUACUCUCUAUUCUUUCUGAAACAAACCGAGAACUAGGGCAAAGAUCAAACCACAUUCCUCUUAUCCAGCAAAUGAUCGAGGCCAUAUGGAAUCAGAACGAUCUAGCUAUCGAAAACGACGUGGGAUAUUGUAGAAUUCUUGGCGCGGUGGUCUCAACGGCACCUUCUCUACCACUCUUUGCCUGA